AUGGACACCAAAGAAGUUCUUGUUUUGAGAGGUACCUUAGAAGGUCACAACGGUUGGGUUACUUCCUUAGCCACUACCCCAGCUAAGCCAGACUUGUUGUUGUCCGGUUCCAGAGAUAAGUCCUUGAUUGUCUGGCAAUUGACCAGAGACGACUCCAACUACGGUGUCCCAAAGAAGUCUUUCAAGGGUCACUCUCACAUUGUUCAAGAUGUUACCAUCUCUGCUGACGGUUUGUUCGCUUUGUCUGCUUCUUGGGAUAAGACCCUUAGAUUGUGGAAUCUUGAAACCGGUGAAACUGCCAAGACUUUCGUUGGUCACACCAACGAUGUUUUGUCCUGUUCUAUCGCUAAGAACUUGAGACAAAUUGUUUCCUGUUCUAGAGAUAAGACUGUCAAGCUCUGGAACACCAUUGGUGAAUGUAGAGAAACCUUGACUGGUCACGGUGACUGGGUCUCUGCCGUUAGAUUCUCCCCAGAUGAUGAUGUUCCAACUGUUAUCUCUGCUGGUUGGGAUAAGAAGGUCAAGUCUUGGGACUUGAACGACUGUUCUCUUAAGGCUGACUUCAUCGGUCACUCCGGUUACGUUUCUGCCUUGACUGUUUCUCCAGACGGUUCUUUGUGUGCCUCUGGUGGUAAGGAUGGCUCAAUAAUCUUAUGGGACUUGAGUUUGUCAAGAUGUUUGUACACCUUGGCUUCUGGUGAUGAAAUCUACGCCUUGGCUUUCUCUCCAAACAGAUACUGGUUGUGUGCUGCCACCACCUCUUCUAUCAAGAUCUACAACUUGGAAGAAAGAAAGUUGAUGGAUGAAUUGAAGCCAGAAUUCACCACUGGUGAAAAGGAACCAGAAUGUAUUUCUUUGGCUUGGAGUGCUGAUGGUCAAAACUUGUUUGCUGGUUACACUGAUAACGUUAUCAGAGUCUGGCAAGUUAUGACCUCUAGCUAG